GUGCUGAUGUUUCUGAUGAAUCUGUUUUCACAAUCCCAAGUGAAGAAAUGAACAUAAGUACAUGUAUUUACUUCAGUUAUGAUGCUUCUAUAUUGUAUUUCAAAACAAAACAACAGAGUCAUAAAUAAAAAAGCCUGUUGGGGAAAGGGGGGUUUCUUCGUAUAAUGGCCUCUAUGGUUAGGCUUCGUAUGAAUGGUGUGCCUUUAACCCUUUAAGCAACAGUAUUCACAUACAAAUUCUCCAAACUGGUCUCCAUACAUUUCCUAAAGAAUUAGUUGAGAGAAUUUGAUAAUAGAUCAAUGCAUUUUCUCUUGUGUGUUCAUUUUAUUAAUUCUCAUAACCUAAUCUCUUGACAGUGUAUGGAUAUUAUUAGGAGAAAAUUGAUGUUGGUCACUAUUGGGACUUAAAGAGUUAAGGCUUCAGGUGUAAGAAAGGGUAGGGACUAGUCAGAAUAUGAAAGGGUAGUGAAAUCUGUUAUGUUGUUCUGUAAAAGGCCUAAAAAGGCUUACAGAUGCCUUUUAUGGCUGCGAAAAAUUUGAGAAAAUGUUAAUGUUUGUGAUGUAUUCAUAUUUUAAACACAGUGCAUUUAAAGUAUUUAAAAGAGAUGCAGGGUUCUAAACUAGGUAUGUGAAAGGGAUACCAAAGUCAAUAGGAUGUGUAUAGAAAGGGGCAUCUUUUUUUUAAAAAAAAAAAAGGUAUAUAAAAGAGUAAGGGUUUGGCGGAACCUUCCCUUUGUUGAGUACCCUCCCCUCCCCCUUGAGUAAAAAAGUAGAUUUUUCAUGGCUUUUAUUUAUUCUGUUUGAACAGUGAUGAAGAUGCCUUGGUUGUGUAUCAAAAUGCAUCGUAUCUGAAGAUGACUGGAAAUGGCUAUGUUUGGUUAGUGACACAACAAACAUUUUCAGGAGUUGCAAGAAAUUAUGUGCCACAAGGUGAGAUGUUAGACAUACGUGAAUGUGUACCUGUAGAUAGCUUAGAUUGUGGAAACUACAAUCCUGGUCAUAAUUGUUGAAACAGUUGCUGAUUUGUGGCCUCCUUCGUCUUCUACGAGGUAAAUGUCGGCGCAAACCCGCCAAACAAACAUUGGGGAAAGGAGAGGGAAGUGAAACAUACGGUAUUCAUGGAACCUGAUCAGGUAGUGUAUGUUGUGUUUUCUAGAAGUGUUUCAACAAAUUUUGACUGGGAUUGAAGUAGAAAAGUUGGAAUAAGAUAUUUAUAUUACAAAUGAGUUUCAAAUCUAUUACAUGUCAAACUAAACUGUGUACACCUGAAUUCCUUUAGGAUAUUUUAUGUGUUUAAGACGAAUCGCAGCAAAGAUCAGGACUUAUGAGCAAGCCACGAAACCACAAACUAAAUGACUUUGUUGCUGUCAUUUAGGUUUUCUAUGCCUUAUUGAAUUUUCCCAGAAACACAGUACUUGAUUUUCUGUAAAAAAAAAACAAACAAACAAACAAAAAAAAAACAACAUUUCCAGUGAUUUAAAUUACUUUUACAUUUCAUUCUGGUUCUUGGUUCUCCUUGUUCAUAGUUCGAUUAUCUAAGACCAUUUCAUCAUGAAGAUUUCAGGUCAUAUUUUCGUGCAAAAGCUCGCCUGGGGCCCGGCCUGUUUAUCGAAAGUCCUGGUAACUUUUUGGGCCCGGAAAGCUGUUUUGUUUUUUGUUGUGUUUGCAUUCAAGAUCUAAAUUUUCAAAAUAAUACAAUGAAACUAUCAAUGCAAAAGCAAAAUUGAAUGGUUUGUGGGCUAGAAACUGUGCUACUAUCCAACAGGUUUUGUUUUUAAAAUUUGCCUUCGGGCCCGGAAAGUUUCCGGGUCUUUCGAGAAACGAGCCUCUGGUAUUUUAUUGGUGGUUGUAUAAUAAAUACAUGUAUCACACAGGUAUGGUUGGAAUGCAGUUGCCUCAUGGCUAUGACGAGCCUGCACAAAUACAGGAU